AAAGCUCCGCAAAAACCCUAAAUCCCAGAAAUGGGCGCGGCGCCGCCGCCGGAGAGGCCCACCGUCAGAGUCACCAACAUCCCCUGCACCAUCACCGCCACCGAGCUUCUCCACUUCCUCGAGUCCGCUCUCGGCCCCGACUCCGUCUUCGCCGUCGAGAUCGUCAGCGACCACAAGAACUGGAAGUCCCGCGGCUACGGCCGCAUCCAGUUCACCGCCCUCCGCCACAAGGCCCGGGCUCAGUCCCUCUCCUCCUCCGCCGAUCUCUUCUUCAAGUCCCACAACCUCCGCCUCUUCGAGGCUCACGAUGACAUCAUCCCCCGGCCGCUGGACCCCAGGCACCGCCUCAACAGCACCGUCUUGCACGCCGGGUUUGUCGUCAACGACGAGACCAUGAGCGUGCUGGAGUCGUGGGAGGGGGUUCGGGCUUGGGUCAUGCCCGAGAGGAAACGGGUCGAGUUUUGGGUCUGGCGGGUCGGUGACUGCUACAAGAUGGAGAUUGCGUUUGAGAAUAUUGUGGAGUCCGUUGGGUGCUGUUUGGGUGGUGAUAAAGUUAAUGCGCUACGUUUGAAGCUAAAGUUUGGCCCGAAGAUUUUUCGGCAAUUGUCAGGGCCUAAUGUAGCUUCGAAGUUUAGCGCUGAUCGGUAUCAUGUUUGUAAGGAAGACUUUGAUUAUCUGUGGGUGAGGUGUACAGAUUUUUCUGAGAUGAAGUCGAUUGGGCAUUCGACUGCCUUUUGCUGGGAGAUUCAGGAGGACGUUGCGGCAGCGGGUGUUUUUACUACUUUUCCGAGCUUUAGGAAAGAUGUGGUGGAUCUCAUGUUUGAGGAUGGUGGGGACUGUCUUUUGGUAUCUGAGACGGUUCCGCUUGUGAAAUGCGAAGCGGAUAUGAAGUUUCCCUAUGAGAUUCUUUUCCAGCUUAACGUGCUUGUUCAUGCUCAGAAGAUUAGCCUUGCUGCAGUGGGGAGUGAUCUGAUUGAGUUCUUUGGUGGUUUGAGUAUGGACACUGCUAAUGUGCUUCUUGAGAAGCUGCAGAAGCUCAAGACGACUUGCUAUGACCCUCUGUCAUUUGUAAAGGUGCAACUGCAACUCUUAGAGAGAAACUCUAAGAAACGUCUCUCUCCCCAUCAGAGAUUAAUGGAGCAUAAUGUCAUGAGUUGUCACAGAGUCUUGAUUACCCCAUCAAAGAUCUACUGCUUGGGUCCUGAGCUUGAAAAAUCAAACUAUGUUGUGAAGAACUUUGCUCAAUAUGCUUCAGAUUUUAUGAGAGUUACUUUUGUCGAAGAGGAUUGGGGCAAGCUUCCUGUAAAUGCUCUCUCCACAAGUAUUGAACAAGGUUUCUUUGCAAAACCUUUUAGAACUGGAAUAUAUCAGCGGAUAUUGUCUAUUCUUCGAGAUGGAAUUGUGAUUGGAGAUAAAAGAUUUGAGUUUCUGGCUUUCUCUGCAAGUCAACUGCGAUCAAAUUCUGUCUGGAUGUUUGCUUCGAAUGACAGUGUAAAAGCAGAAGAUAUUAGAGACUGGAUGGGUUGCUUCAACAAGAUCCGCAGUGUAUCUAAAUGUGCAGCUAGGAUGGGGCAACUUUUCAGUUCUUCAACACAAACUCUCACUGUCCCUCAGAAAGAUGUGGAGCUCAUUCCUGACAUUGAGACUACUACUGAUGGUGUAAGUUACUGCUUCUCUGAUGGUAUUGGAAAGAUUUCCUUGUCUUUUGCCAGACAAGUUGCUCAAAAGUGUGGAUUGAAUGACACUCCUUCAGCAUUCCAAAUUCGAUAUGGUGGAUAUAAAGGGGUGAUAGCUGUUGACCGUAAUUCUUUCCGGAAGCUGUCUCUACGUAGUAGUAUGCUCAAAUUUGAUUCGGACAACAGAAUGCUUAAUGUCACUAAAUGGAGUUCUUCCAUGCCCUGCUUUCUGAAUCGGGAAAUAAUAACCCUCAUGUCUACACUGGGGGUAGAAGAUGAAGCAUUUGAAGCAUUGCAACAGGAGCAAUUGGAUCUGUUGGGAAGAAUGAGGAAAGAUAGAAACGUAGCACUGAGUUCCCUAGAGAAACUAAGCGGUGCUGAUUCUAAUAACAUUCUUGUGAAGUUGUUGCUCCAAGGUUAUGAGCCUAAUCUCGAACCGUAUCUCUCGAUGAUGCUUCAAGCACACUACGAGCACCACUUGGCUGAUUUGAAGAGUAGGUGCCGCAUGUAUGUCCCUAAAGGAAGAAUCCUGGUUGGGUGCUUGGAUGAAACUGGUACUUUAAACUACGGCCAAGUUUAUCUUCGAAUAACCAUGACAAAAGCAGAGCAAGAAAUGGGGCAUCAGAGUUUCUUCCAGAGGGUAGAUGAGGCAACAUGUAUAGUAACAGGGAAGGUGGUUGUAACCAAAAAUCCUUGUCUUCAUCCAGGAGACAUCAGGGUACUUGAGGCUGUCUAUGAUGUGGGACUAGAAGAGAAGAAUAUGGUGGAUUGCAUUUUAUUUCCUCAGAAAGGAGAAAGGCCUCAUCCAAAUGAAUGCUCUGGGGGUGAUCUGGAUGGAGACUUGUUUUUCAUAAGUUGGGAUAAAAGUCUCAUCCCUCCUACUACUGUACCUCCGAUGGAUUAUUCUGCACGGAGACCUCGCAAUAUGGAUCAUGAUGUGACUUUAGAGGAAAUUCAAAAGUUCUUUGUGGAUUAUAUGAUAAAUGAUAAUUUGGGUGCCAUCUCUACCGCACAUCUAGUUCAUUCUGACCACGAACCAGAAAAAGCCAUGAGUAAGAAAUGCCUGGAGUUGGCAGACCUGCACUCCAUGGCUGUUGACUUUGCCAAAACUGGUGCACCAGCUGAAUUGUCCUGGAUAUUAAAACCAAAAGAAUUUCCGGAUUUCAUGGAAAGGGUGGAGAGACCGAUGUACAUCUCCAAUGGGGCAUUAGGAAAGUUGUACCGGGCAAUUCGUAGCUCAGUGGUUCAAGAACAAACCAUUGUUGUCUGGUCACAGCAGAGGGCUGAAGAAGCUUAUGACAGGGAGCUUGAAGUGCAGGGUUUCGAGUCCUUUCUCGAAAUGGCAGAAAGUCACAGGGACAAGUACAUAGAGAAGAUGAGAAGUCUCAUGAACUAUUAUGAAGCCACAACUGAGGAUGAAAUACUGACUGGCAACCUCAGAAACCGUGCAGCCUAUCUACAGCGCGAUAACAGGAGGUACUUUGACUUGAAGGAUCGCAUACUGCUGUCACUCAAGACCCUGCAGAAGGAAGCAAAAGGAUGGUUCGAAAGCAGUUGCAAGGUGAGCGAGCAGCAGCGACUGGCCUCAGCAUGGUACCAUGUCACUUACAACUUGGCUUAUUUCCAAGAAGACAUGAACUGCCUGAGCUUUCCAUGGAUCGUGGGCGACAUCCUGCUCAACAUCAAGUCUCUGAAUAGCCGAAGAAGCCGCAUCGUUACAAGUGCAUUAGAACAUCUCAACAGGGUUUAUGUUGUACGUGAUUAGGUCUAAUUUCUCUAACCAUGAAGGGUAGGUUUCUAGCAACCAGCAUUCCCUGUGUUGAGCUUGGACAAUGUAAUCUAUAAGGGUCUGAAGAACAUUAAUGGUAUCUAUAUAAGUUUACAUAUCU